AAACUGGAAAAGGAGGACAAUGGCAUCAAAUAGAAGACCCUGGACAUCAGGAAAUGAAUUUGAAGAGGUGUUUGAAGAAAUGGAUGGUAGGAGAAAACAUUGGAAAGAGAAUAUGUUUGCUCCUUCUUUUAGUGCUCAUGAUGUUCUGAAUGAGGCUUUACAGCCUGAAUCUUCUCCUGGACACCUGACUUUAGGUAAGACCAAAAGGAUGGAAGGAAUUUAUAAUUUGUCUAGCAGGAAGUUUCAAGAAGAGAAUAAAUUUAGGAGGAAAGAAUUUGUUUCCCAACCAAAUAAAAUACAAGAACCAAAUUUAAGAGAGAGAAAGAUGAACAUUUCAAAGAAUGAAGCCGACACAGACUCUGUCUCCUGCGAAUCAUGUAAUUUGGAUGUUGCAACUGAAGAAAGCUUUAAUAGCACCGAAGACCACUGCGUCUGGAAUACAAAGGAAUUUCCAGUUCCAUGGCGACGAGACAAGAAGAAAUUUACUGAAGGAAAGUCUCCAAAUUUUAGCCUGAAUAUUUUGAAUGGAGAACUAGAAGAACUCAAUAUGAAAUGCAGGAAAAUAGAAGAGGAAUUUGAAAAUGCUGAAAAAGAACUUUUGAACGCCAAAAAGGAAGUCUCCACAAAAGCCCUAAAUUUUCAAGAAACAGGGCCGGAAACUUUGAAGAAAAACUGGGAACUUCAAUCUUUAAGAAAUGACCUAUCUGAAAAAGCAACAAAUGUCAAAAACUUAACUAAAGAGCUCCAGCAAGCCAAAGAAGUCAUCCACAAGCUGAGCCUAGAGAACAGAGAUCUAAAAGAAGCUGUGAAGAAGUUAAAGCAUCAGACUGAGGUUGGAAAUGUGCUCCUAAAAGAAGAAAUAAAAUUGUAUUAUGAAUUGGAAAUGGAAAAGAUCCAUGGAGAGCUCGAUGUUAUCAAGAAUGAACUCAGAACUGAGAAGAGCCUGCAAGCAAGAAAUAACAGGGCCCUGGAGUUGCUUAGAAAACACUUUUCUUCUGUAACAUCAAGUACCCUUGACAGCUUUACAGGGGAUUUUUUUUAAAACAAAAAAAAUAAAACGCCUUUAAUUAGGCAAGUCAUUGAGCCAAAUCAGUUUCUUGUGCUUUCUUUGUGUACUUUUAAAAAUGUGUUUAAUGGGGUGUAAUUUUCAUUUUUGGUGAAUCCAUGCAUCUGUAAAAUGUAUAGAUGUCAAUUUCAAAGCAUCUGCUUUCUCUUUCUAAUGGAGUUAUUGCAGGGGUUUAAAUGGAAAUGAAGCUUCAGAAAUCUCUUUUUUAAUAUUAUUUCACUCAGACUUGUAGUGACUCACCAAAUCAUUUAUGACCACAAAUCAAUAGCCUUUUCAUGAUCUUGUGAGCAUUAUGUCCUUGGCAUGUGAACAUUCUUUCGUCUGUGUUCAUUGAUGUUAAUAAUAAAAAUCAUGUUUAUAUGUAUAACAUAACAUGUGGCUGUGGCUCUUAUAGCUGCCUGUUCAGACUCAAUGGGAUACAAAAAUGUAUAUGCUUUCUUUGAGAUCUAACCUUAAUUAGGCACAUAUAAACAUCUCCAGGA